UUUUUGUCUGUCGUCGGUGCGGUGGAUUGUGUUGUGGUUUUCGGUGCUCAAAAAUGUAUUUCGAGGCCUAAGCCCAAAAUACGUUGUGUUAACAAUGAAAAGUAGUCCCAGUCGUAAAUAUGAAAGUUUCACCAACGAGCAACAAGGGAAGGAAACGGAUAAAUACUCGCUAGACAGUCAAGAUACAGCCAGUCUGCAUUCCAACCCGGAGGAGCGGCGUGUGAUCGACGUGGGAGUCGGCGCCGGCGACAUGUGGAUCAGCGCCGUAGAGGGCUCCAUCCUCACCUGGGAGGAGGUAGCCGACCGUCUCCAUGUAGAUGUCCGCCGCGGACUAUCAUGGCGGGAGGCGAACGAUCGUAUGAACUUCGUCGGACCCAACGAAUUCCAAGUCAAAGAAGAGGAUCCGCUGUGGAAGAAGUAUAUCGAGCAGUUCCAGAACCCGUUGAUACUGCUGCUUCUUGGUUCCGCCGUAGUAAGCAUCAUCAUGCGUCAAUACGACGACGCCAUUUCCAUCACCGUCGCCAUCAUGAUAGUCGUCACUGUCGCCUUCGUUCAAGAAUAUCGCUCUGAGAAGUCCCUUGAAGAGCUUAAUAAACUCGUCCCGCCUACUUGUAACUGCCUCCGCGAAGGCAGCAUUGAGCACUUCCUCGCUCGAAACCUCGUGCCCGGCGACAUAGUCCAUCUCAACGUCGGCGACCGAGUUCCAGCCGACUUACGACUAUACGACUCUACGGACUUAGCUAUAGAUGAAAGUUCCUUUACGGGUGAAACGGAGCCGGCUGUGAAGAAUGUACUACCGAAUAAGACCGCUGCUGGGAGAGUGAAUAAGGAUAAUAUAGCGUUUAUGGGUACUCUGGUGCGGUGUGGUAAUGCCAAGGGCAUUGUGGUCAGCACAGGCGAGCGCUCCGAAUUCGGCGACAUCUUCCGCAUGAUGCAAGCCGAAGAAGCCCCUAAGACACCCCUGCAGAAGUCCAUGGACACCCUCGGGGCCCAGCUGUCUCUGUACUCCUUUUGCAUCAUCGGCUUCAUCAUGGUGACGGGCUGGCUUCAAGGGAAAGCACUGCAGGAGAUGUUUACCAUUAGUGUCAGUUUGGCGGUCGCUGCUAUUCCUGAGGGCCUGCCGAUAGUGGUGACCGUGACUCUUGCGUUGGGUGUGAUGCGGAUGGCCAAACGCAACGCGAUCGUGAAGAAACUACCCACCGUCGAGACUCUGGGCUGUGUUAAUGUCAUUUGUAGUGACAAGACUGGAACGCUAACGAAGAACGAGAUGACAGUGACCUGCAUGUCGACUUCCGGCGGCCAUAUUGCGGAAGUACGUGGCGCCGGUUACAACGCACGCGGCGAUAUCCAACUUCGUGCUUAUAAAGGACGGGACUUGGAUGUAGCGCGAUCUGCUCUACAGAGCAUGCUGGAGGUGGGCGUCCUAUGCAACAACGCCGUGAUUCGCGACGAAACUCUAUACGGGCAACCGACAGAGGGCGCUUUACUCGCGGCGGCCAUGAAGAACGGAAUGGAUGACGUCAGGGAACAAUAUACCAGGCUUCACGAGAUACCAUUCAGUUCAGAAACGAAAAUGAUGGUAGUGAAAUAUGCCCCAAAAUUCAAUGAUGGAAAGCUGAAAGAAGAAGUGUUUGUAAAGGGAGCUAUAGAGAAGAUAUUACCGCUAUGCACACAGUAUAUAGAUAGCGCGGGCAACUAUUCGCCAGUCACCAAAGAAAAGCAGAACGAUUUUAUGACUGAGGCGUACAAUAUUGGCAGGAUGGGUCUCAGAAUCAUAGCCUUGGCUCGCGGCGCAUCUCUCGACGCGCUCACGUACACCGGCGUGUGCGGCGUGUGCGACCCGCCGCGGCCCGGCGUGCGCGAAGCCAUAGCCACUCUACGCACGGCCGCGGUCCACGUCAAGAUGCUCACGGGAGACGCCAGGCCUACUGCCCUUGCUGUUGCUCAAAUGGUCGGCCUCGACGUGCUCCACUCGCAAUCUCUCUCCGGCGACCAGCUGGACACCAUGCCGGACGACGAGCUGGACCGAGUCAUCGAUACUGUCAGCGUGUUCUACCGAGUCACUCCUAAACACAAGCUUUCCAUCGUCAAGUCACUUCAACGACUAGGAAAUAUUGUUGGGAUGACUGGGGACGGAGUAAACGACGGCGUGGCGUUAAAACGCGCCGACAUCGGCAUCGCUAUGGGAAACGGCACGGACGUGUGUAAGGAGGCCGCCGAUAUGAUAUUAGUCGACGAUGACUUCGCUACCAUCAUCGCCGCGAUAGAAGAAGGAAAAUGCAUCUUCUACAACAUUCGCAACUUCGUCCGCUUCCAACUAUCGACCUCCAUCGCAGCAUUGUCGCUAAUCGCUCUCGCUACGCUCAUGGGUAUACCCAACCCGCUCAAUGCCAUGCAGAUAUUGUGGAUCAACAUUAUCAUGGAUGGUCCCCCAGCGCAAUCGCUCGGCGUCGAACCCGUGGACCACGAGGUAGUCCGUCGCCGUCCCAGAGAUACCACACGAAGAAUCAUCUCGAGAGCUCUCCUUGCUAAUGUCUUAUUAUCGGCUGCCAUCAUUAUUGCUGGGACUUUGUGGGUGUUUAACAGAGAGAUGUCAGACAACAAGAUAACUCCCCGUGACACAACCAUGACGUUCACAUGUUUCGUCCUCUUCGACAUGUUCAACGCUCUCUCAUGCCGCUCCCAAACAAAAUCAGUGUUCCAAGUUGGAUUGUUCUCGAAUAAGAUGUUCUUGGCGGCUGUCACCUUGAGCUUGGUGGGGCAGAUGCUGGUCGUCUAUUUCCCGCCGUUGCAGAGGGUUUUCCUUACUGAAUCACUGACCGGACAUGAUAUCAUCUUCCUAGUAUGCCUAACGUCGAGCGUGUUCAUCGUGAGCGAAAUAAAGAAAUUAGUGGAGCGCUCGCUCAAGAAGCGUUCUUUUGGCAAGUUCCCGACCAAGUCGCACGACGCGUUGGACUUCGUAUGACAGGAGGAGCGGAAGGAGGAGUAAGCCACAACGCAGUCAAAGAAAUUUGUGGUGAAACGGACAGUAUAGAAAACUUGUGUCAACCAUCAUCCUCAAUGCACCUUAGAGAUUCUACAUCAAACAACCCAGUUAGCGUUUCGAGCGUGCUUAAAUCUCAUAGUGAUAAUUUUGUGCACCUCGGAGACUCUUCAACAGGCGUGCAACUCAAAGUUUCAAGCGAUCCGUCGCAUCACAUAGAUCCAGACGUGUUUGUAUCUCAUAAUGAUAAUUUUGUGCAACUCCGAGACACUUCAUCAGGUGAAGACCCCUUACUUAGAGAUUCAAAAGUGUUUUUAUCUCAUAGUGAUAAUUUCGUGCACCACCGAGACCCUUCAUCAAGUGAUCCCGUGCAACUAAGAGUGUCCGACGUGUUUUUAUCUCGUAGUGACAAUGAGUACUCUAAAGAUUUGUAUAGAGCGGUCAAUAGGGAGGAUGGUGAAUGCUUUACCAGCUGGCUUGGUGAACCUUUGGAUAAUGAGAGUAAGAUUUUGUUUGAGUAAAUUUUAGUAUGGUUUUUAUAUGGAUCCUGACAGUGAAUCUUGAAAACUAAAUUUCGAUAUUUUGAGAAUAAAUGUAUCUUUAACUUCCCGAAUUUACUGCUAGUUUUGUGACGUCAUUUCACAUAGAUUUUGUAUAGAACGUCACAAUACUGACUCAUACAUUUUGUAUGGAAAUUUAGGUCACUUUUUGUUUGAAAUCUAGUUUGAUUUAAAUAAUAAAUUAGCAUUGAUCGAGAAACAUCUUAUUUUGGAAUCACUAAAUAUUUAUUUGGAGACUAUUAUAGUUUUAAAGAUAUCUAAUAAAUUAUUAAGCUGUAACAGUAGUCAAAAUUUCUGUUUGUAUAACUCAUAAUUUGAAGAAAUCAACAUUGACACAUUCAAUGUUCUAAAAUUAUUGUAGUUCUCAUGUAGGUCUCUUGAAUAUUAAAUUAAUACUAUCAAGGACCAUAAAAGAAAGACCAGGAAAGAUUUUGUGUAGCAAAAAGUGGCGAACCCGCGAGUAACCUCCAGCAAUCAAUGGUUCUAGAGGUCUGCCAUCUAUUAAAUUUCAUCAUUACUAAGUUAUUGAAUUGACUACUAAAAAUAAAAUAUUUAAAAAUUGUGUAUUGAAGUCAUUAAUGUUCUUAAUAUAAAGCAGUAUGACGUUUGUUUCUAAAACAAUCAAAACACACGUAAAUAAUAUUAGUGAAAAUAACAUUUUUUCCACUUCCAGGCUACGAAGUAACGCCAUCUAGUUUUAAUAUCGCAUUUUGAGCUUUUUCGGAGUUCCUUUUUUUUGUAUGAGAUUAUCAGUCCAUCUCUUUUAUGGUCCUUGAUACUAUUUUGGUCGUUCGCAGUAUAGCCACAUCGUGAAAUUCUUGAUCCUAUAAGAUAAGCCUAUUGAUAAAAUUAUUUAAAUGAAAUUGAACAUACAAUUGUAAAACAUAUUUUACCAAGAGAACAGUAAACCUAGUUAUUUCGUUUUAAUAUUUUCUUGUACAACAGACGCAUCCAUAUAAUGCGUCUCUCUUGGACAAGAACUAUAUUACCUAAUCGGAUGCAAUUAAGUACUUUAUUUCGUACAUUCACGAGAAGUAGCUAAGUUGGGCAAGAUGUCCAAAAUGAUCUAAAGCCUGACCAGAAAUAUAUGAUCAUUGCCGAGAGGGCGCUGUUAUUCUCAUGUAUAGAGUGACAGUGCAGUAUAGUAUGAAAAAAAUAGUUCCAGUGAAAUUCCGCAACAUGGCGCGUGAUCAUAUAUUCCUGGUCAGGCUUUACACGCGCUUAUUCUCUUAUCAAUAAAGUCGUAAUUAGUUUAUUUUGAACACCUAGCCCGCUUAGAUAUUUCUGCGGUUUUGUGUCUGAUUGCAUGUCGAAAAACUUUUACAAGAUCGUUAUUCAAAAAGGUACCUAGCUGCAUGUAAAUAAGGUCCAUUUUGAAAUGAAUGAACACAACAUGCUAUCGCAUAAGAGGUGAUAUCUAGGGGAAGAAAUUAGUAACGUUUAUAUUUUCAUAUUCAUUUUAAUUUAUUUUUUUACUGUUUUUUAAAUGCCUCAGUAUUUUGUCGAAUUUUUAAACUAUUAUUUAUUUGUAAGUGUAAUUUAAUGAAUAUGUUGUGAUUA